UAUGUUUUCACUGUUUUGAAUGCAGUUUUCAGUGGAAGUGCAAUCUUAGGAAAUCUUCUGAUCUUGGUUGCCCUUAAAAAGGAUUCUCGCCUUCAUCCUCCAUCUAAGCUUUUGUUUCGUUCCUUGGCGUCGACGGAUCUCUGUGUUGGCCUUAUUGCGCAGCCAAGUUUUGUUAUUUAUCUUAUUUUUAUCCUUAAAAACAAAUUGAUCUUUUGUGAAAUAAUUGAAGGUGUAACCAACGUCUUCGGCGCUGUGUUUGCAGUUAUUUCGCUUUGCACCUUGACCGGAAUAAGUGUAGACAGACUUCUCGCUUUGCAGUUGGGAAUGAGAUACAAACUCCUUGUAACAGUGAUCAGAGUUCGUAAAAUCCUUGUUUUGUCCUGGUUGCUAGUUAUUUCCAGCGCUUUACUGCAAUUUUGGAACUUUGAUGUCUUCUUGGGCGUUAUGAUAGUUGUUGUGGUGCCAUGUCUUGUGACGACAUCUUUCUGCUACUCGAAGAUUUUUGUCACUAUACGCCGUCGACGAGCGCGGCAGAUUGCUGAAACUGGAAAACAAACAGGACACAUGCUCAAGUACAAAAAGACAGUCUACAAACUGCUGUGGAUUUCCCUCAUAAUAGCACUGUUUUAUCUACCGCUUGCAACCUUUAUAAUCGUAAGACUCAUGAUCGGAGCCGAGGCAACUAAUGCAAUAUUAUUCGUACUCCUGUUAACGGUGGUUUUCCUCAACUCCUCCCUGAACCCUUUUGUUUAUAUCUGGAAGAUCAGGGAAAUAAGAAGAGCUGUAGUUUUAACGCUGCGGAAUCGUUUUUUAUCUUGCCUCUAACAAUAAGGGAAGGGGUUAAGGCUAGGGUUAGGAAAUGCAUGCUUGCUUUGAUGUCAGUGACCCAGGACGACUUUUUUCGCGAUUACAAAAACUUGACUGGCCAAGUCUUAUUGAGAUUAAUUCAUCUGUACUUGUAAUCACAGCCUUCUUGAACGAUCGAAGAUUUUAGUCAAAUAGAACUCUUGCUAAAUCUCUUGCUAGAACUCAGUCUCUUGAAGAAUUUCGAAAACAUUUGGAAAUAAAUCGAAAGAAGCCAGCUACAUACAUCGUUAAUGCAAUUUAAUGGCUACUGCUGGAUCUUUCCAACUGAUGUGAGAGGUCAAUUAUCACAAUAUUUGUGUUUUAAAGCUGUUUGCUAAAUGUAUCUCACUUUUAGUUUAAGUGAAAUUUUAUGCUUCUAACUCUAUGCUGGUAAAAAAAAGCCGAUUUCGUCUUCGUCAACGUUUUUCAAAUAUUGAAUCGUCACUAAAAUCUCCUCCCUUAGUACAAUGGGAAGUUAUCCCUUAGCUCUUACGCUCCUCUAUCAAUAUAUUCUCUAAGAUAACUUAUGUCCCUUAUCUAUUAAAAGUUUUAAUCAAAAUGUUGGACCAAUUAUUAACAUUUCUAGAGCAGGAAUUGUGUACUUUCUUUUGCUUUAAAAGGAAAUGAAACGAAUUCGAUUUAUAUCUUAAAUACUGAAUUAUUUUGUUUCCGUGCGGUACAAUGAUAGUUAGGACUGUAGUUCUAUCUUUAAUGAGGAUGUUACAACCGUCAAGUUGCAAACAAGUUCAAGUGCACUUGGAAUUCCCGGUUUAAUGCGUUGUCAAUUUCUCUAAGGUAUGAGGAGAUACGAAAUUAAUUUUUUUGAACUGUUAUUCGUGUCUCAAACAUUUUACCUUUACGUAAAAUAUCAAAGUUACUAUGACUAAAUAUCUGGAGAUACAUGAGGUAAAUAAAAAAAUUAAGCUAGUAAAUAAUAUCUCCAGUAUUUUCUCUGUUUAGAAUAAUAUCGAUUUCUGAAUCGCUAGAAGACUACUAUAACUGUCCGAUUGGCGCCCUUGGUGUUUCCUACUUGUGUACUGUUAACCUUUUCACCAUAAUUAAAGUAAGCAAUAUUUAGUGUUCAUGAACAGAUAAAAAGAUAAAGAUAAACUUAAAAUGAAAGCAACGGAGAUGCGAGCAAUGUUAGCUCGUCAGUCGCAAGUAAGUUCAGUUCUAACUUAAUCAACAAUGUAAGUCGCUCAUUUUCUUAUUUUAGGUAUCAUUUUAAUUUUCUCAAAUAAUACGUGGAGUGUAGAUCAAAAAGAAAACUGCAUCACCUCGAGACGUUCCGCCAUUCUUGUGAGUUUCUGUUUUAUUGUUAUGUUAAGAAUACAACGAUAAUACAAGCUGUAAUCCAGUACUGAACAGGUGCAAAAUCUCUAUCGGUCAAGAAAUCAAAUUAAAAGCUCGUAGACCGUAUUUUACGCAGUAGAAACCACAAUAACUGAGAACAAAAUUGUGGGAAUGUUCUACGAAGCUCGAGGCGUGGAUUUUUCCGUUUCGAGAAAAGCGCAAAGAAGAAUCAAUUUGGAUUCACUAAAGGAAAAUAUCCUUUAUUUUAUGUUUUCCUUGAAAACUGAAUAUCUGCUUUUGGGGAAUCUGCCGCACUUAAUGGCUGUGGGUACAAAAACUCUCUUAUCGGCGUCCAUCCGGUUAUAACCCCUAAGGAUAUCGAUAAUACUGGUCAGGCUCUACUUAAGAAACAGUACUACCAACUGCAUUACCCUAGAUACUAUUUUUUUGAAAAGGUUUUGCAUUUGCUUGAGUACAUCAAGCUCCUUCUGAUAAUUGUUGUGUAAAAAAACUUAACUGUAUAUUUGUGGUUCCACUUGAACUUCGGUUUUUAGGCCGAAAAAAGAAUCCUAAGUGUAUAUCAAGUGUUAGUUUUAUCCGUGUAACAAGAUCAUUAAAAGACGGAAUUAGUUUGCCAUUUUAACUCGGGGCCUAACGGAAAUGAAAACUGAAUGUGAUUCCUAUAGCUAAACAUUAUAAGAGUCUUUAUCACAUCCAAAAAUAUUUAUCUUGGUCUUUAAUAUCCGGUUUUCUAAACAACUAUUGUAUUGGUGUCACGAAUUGUCAACUUGACAAGAUUGUAUGAAGUUGUGCAACGCAUCGAGCGAUUACCAUCCGCAGAGCGAAACCAUUGAAUGUUCUAAUUCACUUCCAAAUGGAAAACACGAGCUUAAGUCUCGAGUCUCAUGAGGUAACUGAGUGCACUGCGUACAUAUACAUGUUCGUGAACCUUAAAUCUGACUGGAUAAUCUUUUUAACUAUCGCUUUCAAUGUUGCUAUUUGUUUAAUGGCAAUCGUGGGAAAUGCACUUAUCUUGGUGGCUCUUCAGUCGGACUCUCACCUUUUUCCAACAUCAAGGAUGUUAUUUCGCUCUCUGGCAUCAACUGAUCUUUGCGUUGGUCUUAUUUCUCAACCUUGCUUUGGAAUCUUCUUAGUUUCGGUGAUUACAAAUCGUAUGCGUAUUUGCAAGAUAACAGAAGGUAUCCUGCAUGCCAGUAGCGCGGUACUUUGCGGUAUAUCUCUUUCCAAUCUGACCGCAAUAAGUGUGGACAGAGUUCUCGCUCUGCAACUAGGGCUGAGGUACAGACAAAUUGUGACUGUUCCACGAGUUCGUGGAGUUAUUGCUCUCUCUUGGCUGGUGUAUACGUCACUUGGCUUGCUAUACUACUUGAACGUAGAUAUUUACUUGAUUGUUUUGCCCAUAAACACACUCUUAUGUAUUAUUCCCCUAACAGUUUGCUACAUGAAAAUCGUUGUCACUAUGCGUCUUCGUCAAGCUCGGAUUUACGAACGGGCACAACUGAAUAAUGUUAAUCCAGGCCGUCUGCAAAUGUACCAAAAAACAGUAACUUAUUCAAUGUGGGUUUCACUUGCAAUAAUAUUCUUUUAUCUUCCAUUUAUGGUUGUCAUAGUUUUCAGAUUGAUUCACGGAAACAGUCUUUCUCUUGUGCGUGCAGAAGGCCUCGCGGCAUGUUUGGUUUUCCUUAACUCAUCGCUGGACCCAUUUAUUUACUGCUGGAAGAUCAAAGAAGUGAGACAAGCUGUGAAGAUGACGGUCAGACGCUGUUGGCCUCUCUCUACGUAG